UCAGUCGAUGAGCAGAUAAAUGACGAACGAGAUAAAUAAUUUGUGCAUUUAAAGUGUGUUCCGCUAUACGAAUUGUAACUCUUAAUCACAGCGUGCUCGAGACGUACCAGUCGAUUGUUUUGAACAUGGAUUCCGAUUGCGAAUUACAAGCCUCGGACACACUUCGCUGUGAGUCGGAAUCAGAUCCAGAAGAAAACCAUUCUGAUGCAAUGAAUGUAAGGAGUCCAAGUGCAAAUCCAAACGACCCUACAGUGAUAGACAGUGUGAAUGGAAAUUCGAGAGAUCCUGGAGAAUACAAAAGAAAACAAGAGAAUGUACCGCAUUUGUCAAAGUGGAAAAACAAAGAGUCUGAAACUCAGAUUGAAAAAGAUGAUGCACAAUGUGGGGUUAAACCAGACAGCGUAGUUCAUCUGCGCUGGAAAACAAACAUAUCCAAUAUUAUCGAUAGUGAUUCAGACGAUGAUCCCAUUUCAUCCAAAUCUACAGAAGAUCAGUAUAGUUUAUCUGAUCCCACUAAAACGAAGAUACGACAUCUAAAAAAAAUACAUGACGAAGAAUCAGAUUCUGAUGCAGAGGUUAAUAGUAAGAAAAAAGAUAAAUCCAGAAAAAAAUCAAGUAAAAUGAGGAGUAAGGAAAGGAAAAGACGUAAUGUCGAUUUCGAUUCUGAUAAGGGUGAAGCCAUGUCAAACAGUGAAUCUUCCGGUCCGGUAGUUCAUAAGGGCAGAACCAAAAAAAUCAUUAAGAAAAAAAUUAUUUUCUCUAAAACAGAAACAGCACAAGACAUACUUGCAAACCUGAACUUGUUCUUCAGCGAUGAAGACAGUAAACAACCGCAUAGUUUUGAAAAACAAGCAACAUCGUCAUCGUCUUCUGAUGAGGAGUCACGAGAGGCAAGUUCAUCCAAGGUGAAGGGAAACAAAAAGAUGACUAACCACGAAGCAAUGGAAGAAAAGCGUAUAAUUCAAAGUGAAUCGCAAAGAAUGAAACGAGAAAUGACAAUUGAUGUUCCAUACCAUCGAGCGCGAGCUCGCACGUUUGAAGAAUUCCUUGCGCGAAAAGCUAUAUGCAAAGCUGAUACACCGAAUAACUGCAUACCGAAAACAAAAUUGCGAGAUAUGUCGAUGAAAAUGACGUCAGAGCAACUGGCAACGUUUGCACGGCACUUGAAGGAGCGAGAGGAGGAAUCUAAAAAAUUUUAUCAGCCGGAAAUAUCGGAUGAGGAAUCAGAACAAAGCCGGAUUCCGAAUCAAAUACUUAAAUCAAUCGAUCUUCCACAAUUGGAUGCAACGAUUGAAGGGGCAGCCAGUGAAGAUAAAAUAGUGCCAAGCUCUGCCGAAGAACGAUUGCAACAGUCGACUAUUGAUGCGAAUCCUUUGAACAUACAAACAAAUGAGGUAUUGGUCGACGCAGUCACAGAAGUAGAAACCAAUGCCGAUGAAAUUGGUGAUAAAAUACCGGGAGUCAGCAAACAGACACAGAACGACACAGAAAAUCAAGUGCAAACUCAAAAAGGUACAGAAAUAUGUGGACAAAAGAAAAAAUCUGAAGUGGACUACGACGUUAUUUUGGAUAAACCAAAAACUACGACAGCUACCACUCAAAAGAAUCGAUUGUUAGCAACGCUCGAAAUAACAUCUCAUCCUCACUUAAGAAAUCCAGGAAUGGCAAUAGAACUUGACGGUGAUGACUCACAGCCCAAACCUCUUUCCGGCAUAGAAAUUCUUUUUGAAAGGCUGGCCAAAUGUGGAGGUGGAAAGCAAAACGUAACUUCUACAGCACAGGUUGUGAGCAUCUUAAGCUCUGACGGUGGCGAUUUGAAACUCAACAAUGUGUCAUUGCUUACAAAUGAUGAACAGCAAAUUAGUGCUAAAGAUUCGAUCAUACCCGGUGCAGCAAUGUUGAAAGUGCAACAAAUUUUGAAGGAAAAAAUAGAUACUGGUCGGCGUGAGGCAAUGAAAAAACGCGAAGAAGAGUGUCCCAAAACCCUUGAUGAUGAAAACAUGGAAAACAGCGAAGGAGAACAAGAAGAAGAGCUUUCAGACGAUUUUGAAUCGGAAACGUCGGAAGAUGAAGAUGAAGAUGGAGGAUAUAAUGUUGCUGGCCAACAUACAAGUAACGUAAAUCAUGAAGCAAUAAACGACGAUGAAGAGUAUUCGUCAUCAAAUUCUAAUUCUGAAGAGAGUGAAGACAAAUGUGAAGAAAUGAUUGCAUUGCGAAACACCGUAAAAAAGAAUCGAAUUGUUGCUUUCCAAGAUUCUGAGGACGAAGUCGAUGUUCCAACGUUGAAGCCGUGUGAGAAGGCACAAGUUUUUGACCAAACAAACAAGACUCCUACAAAUGAAACUGCAUUAGAAACAGAAUUUAACAAACCCUUUGAGGAACAAGACGACAACUUGAUACUGCAUUGGAAAGAUGACGAAGAAGAAAGUAAUGGAGAUAAUGUAUCAGAAGAUGACCUAAUGGCCUUAUGUUCGGGUGGAUUUACCACGCAGGCAGGUCCAGAUGACCAAUCUUUAUCCAAUGUAUGUUUGGUAUCUACCACGCAGAAACAGUUUCCUGAAAAUCAAAAUAAAAAAAGCCUGCAACAAGCUUCCCAGGUAAUUUACACCCAAGCUGAUCAACUUGUUGGAGAAUCACAACUAAUGGAAAUGUGUUCUGGAAGUUUUGAAACACAAAAAAGCAUGCAAAUCCAGGAAAAUACAGUUGAAUCAAGCAAAAUAGCAGAUGCUGCUAAAAAGGACACGUACUAUAUUUCGGAUAGAAAAAUGCGACUUGAAUCUUCAGCUGAAUCAGACAACAGUGAUAGCGAUUGCGUAAAAAAAGUAAGAAAACGUCGUAAGAGAAAACACUUGCACAUAUCGGAUGAUGAUGAAGAAGAAACCGAAAAAGAACAAGCAGAUGAGCCUGAGACAACAGAUGAAAAAAAGAUAAACGAGAAAAAAUCUUCACCCAAAAUCGCAAACACGGCAAUUAAUACUUAUUUUGACUACGAUUCAGAAGAAAAUGAAAUAGAAGUUACACUGCCAAAGAAGGGUGAAAAACAAAUGGUGAAAAACUUCUUAGAAAUUGAAGCCGAGCUGUCCGAAUCCGAGUGGGGAAGUGCAGACGAAGAUGAAAAGGGACUCGAUCAGUACGAUAUUGAGAUGGGCGAUGAAGAUGAGUACGAUCAGAACCAGUUGCAGCAGGAGUUGGAAAAACUACACCAUCGGCAAAUGCUUGACCGAGAUCAUAGAGAAGUGGAAAAACUGAAAGAAAUUUACAUGGAAGAUGAAGAAAACGAAGCUGUCUGGGUAAGACAAUUUAGAUGGAAAAAUGCAGAAAAUACCAUUAAUUUGGAUUAUGAUAAAAAGACGCAUGAGAAUGAAAAUGAAGAAGAAAAUGAAGAGGCUAAAGACGAAGAAACUGAACUGAUAUGGCGGAAAAUGAGACAUGAGCGGGACAAAAUGCUUAAGGAGAAGAAUCUAGACGAAACCGAAACCGAUUUUCCCGCUGCUACGUUGUUGAACACUACCGAUACAACAAAUGUAAUUGGCGAGCGAGAAAAUAAUCAAUCCGUGUUGAUUGCAAGCACGGUUGGGAAGAAACGAUUGACUAUUGUCAAAAAACAGUCCACAACCCCUAGUUCUACAAAAGAAGAAAAACCUUUCCUGAUCUCCAGUUCCAGUAUCGCACAGGGCAGCAAAGCAUCAUUUUUAACUCGUGAUGAAAAAAUGCUGAAUAAGCUUGCCGAUUUGAUCAAAGCAAAUCCAGAGAACGAGAGUAGCAACACUGUAGUUCCCGCUAAGAGUAGAAAUUUCGUUUUCGCUGCUCUAAGUCCAGCGAUUGAGAAGACUGCAAAACGUGUGCUUGAUUCGAAAGAAGCCGAGGAAUCGAAUGACGCAAAGAAAGCAAAAACGUCGAGUAACAAACCAGAUGCCAAACAAAGUUUAUUUCUCGAUUCUUUAAUGUAAAUUUCAGAAAUGUAUUUGGGAAUUUCCGCGUAAAUAUGUCAAACGAUUGGGAUAAUCAAAACGAGCUAUAAAAG